AUGUCAUAUCCUUAUUGUUCUAAUAAAAACUGCUCUCUCCCCACUCCACAAGUUCUCAAAGAACUAAACAAAGAAGUAAAGUGGGAAAAAAUAGCCCAGGCUUACGGAGUAAGUGAACGAACCAUUUAUCGACAUGUCAAAGUCUCUAAAAAAAAACUAAAAAGGGGUCGUAAAAGAAAAAUAGGAGGUAAGGUUCGAGAUUUAUUGCUUGAUUUUACUGCCUAUCGUUCCGAAGAUAACACUUUAACUCAACAGGAGAUGGCUGACCUCAUCCAAAAAAAGGAAAAAGUUAUAAUCAGUCAGCAAACUAUUUCUCGUUUCCUAAAAAAGAGAAAGCGAACUAAUAAGAAAAUCACUCCUCGUUAUCAAGAACUAAAAAUUAGUGAGGUUAGAGAAUUUGGAAAAGUUAUUCACAUUUUGUCUCUUAGUCAUUUUUCCGCUAUUGAUGAAUGUCAUUUCUAUUUAAAUGAAGCUCCUCGCCGGGGCUAUUCUCCUAUUGGUCAGAGG